GGCCUACGGGAGCCAUUUCCGCAUGCGGUACUCCCGCCCUCCCCGGUCUCGGCCGUUCUCCAGGGCGUCUGUAAACACCCCAGAGACUGUCAUGGAGAGGGAGGCGGCGGCGGCGGCGGCGCAGGGAGGCGUUUUGGGCCACUUCCAGGGCCCGCGCUGCCAUUCCUGAACCGGUCCCCGGACCCCGUGACUGUGGCAUCAGAAAGCGAAUUGUUAGGCAAGAAGAGGCGCAGUCAAAACCCUAUCCCCUUCUUCCCGGGGCGGGGGCCGGGGCGGGGGCCGGGCCGGCCUGUCUGCCGAGAUGGAUGACAGUAAGGUGGGUGGAGGCAAAGUAAAGAAGCCUGGAAAACGUGGCCGGAAGCCAGCCAAAAUUGACUUGAAAGCAAAACUUGAGAGGAGCCGGCAAAGUGCAAGAGAAUGCCGAGCCAGAAAAAAGCUGAGAUAUCAGUAUUUGGAAGAGUUGGUAUCCAGUCGGGAAAGAGCCAUAUGUGCCCUGAGAGAGGAACUGGAAAUGUACAAGCAGUGGUGCAUGGCAAUGGACCAAGGAAAAAUCCCUUCUGAAAUUAAGGCCCUCCUUACUGGAGAAGAGCAGAACAAAUCUCAGCAGAACUCAACCAGGCACGGCAAGCCCGGGAAGCCAGAUGCUAACAGCAACUCCUGGUGAAGAUCAUAUAGAAUGAUGGAACAGUGACUGAAGCCAAUAUUCUAAUUUCCAUGGAGGACGAAUAGGCACUCUUAUGCUUGGCACAAUGUACCACCUACUUCAGUUUCUACCAAAAUGAGUGAUUAUAGGUCACAAAAGAUCUUGCUUUAACUUUCAGCACUUAGAAACUUUACAUUCUGUAUUACUAUCCAUGACAUAUAACAUGUGGUGAGGCUUGAAAACACAGUAGUAGAGGAAAAUGGGUAAAGAUUGUAUUUUUGCACCUUAAUUCCACAUCACUUUAUUGGUUAAUUUAUAUUCUUAACAUGUAAUUCCUAUAAUUGUAUGUGUAUAUAUGUUUAGGUGUCUCCUUACAUGUUUUUGAUUGCCCUACAAAAAGAAACCAAAUAGGCUGAUUACUGAUUGUAAAUUCUCAGCCUUUAUGGACCUAAUAUUAUUUCUUUGUACUUACUUGAGUAAUGUUUAUUUUCUGCAUGAACCAUGAUUUCUCCUGUGAGCCAUUCCAGCAUAAGCUGUGAAUCUGUAUUAACAAAUAUGUACAUUUCUAUUUUUAUAGUCCAUAGUGAAAUGCCUGUUUUAAAUAAUGUACAUGUUACCAAAAUUCAUCAAGAAAACCCUCAAGACAGCCUCUGCUUAAAACUUUUGUUGCUGUCUUAUUAUUAAACUAUAUUUAUAAAGUUUGCUAGGGCCAAAUCCAUACAUGGAGAAUAAUUCGUCACAUUUUGUUUUUAAGCAAGAAGUUACCUUUCAGGCAUUUCGACAGCAUACAUAACAUUGACAGCCUAGAAUAUGUGAGUACGUACAUGUGUUUCUAUUGUAUAUUUAUAGAUGUUUGUGGGGAGGACAGGAGUGAAUGUUCACAUGCAUUGUCUUGUGUAUUCUACUACAUUGGAGAACUUUUCUGAAGAAAAUAGGAUGAAACUAGCUGCUGAGAUUGAGUUUCUGCUUUGAGAUCUAGAGCAAAACAAGAGGCAAAGCAAUGGGCGAGUCUAGUGGCUUUAGCCAUUAGCUGAAUACUUGAUGUCUUCCCUGACUCGGGUUUCCUUAUGAAUGUGUCCCCAGCCUGAAAGAAGCACACUGUGGCUGAGCAUCUGGUUCAGCCCAUGGCUCUCUGUGGAGCUCAGCACUGGCGCUGGAGUUGUACUCGCACUGCAGCCAGUAGGCUUCAGGGAGGUGCAGAAGGGCAAAGUUCUUUGCAGUUCUCAUCGCAGUGGCAUUUGCUGUCUACCUGACCACCAAGCAGACUGGUUGAGGAACGAAGCUCAUCAUAUGAUACACACACAGAGAUAGAAUGAGGAAUAUUUUUAAUUCCCCAGUGAGACACUUUAUCACCUUCUCUUCCCUUUCCCAUAGUUAAAGCAGGAGUUGUGUUCCCUGUUGCUGCUAAAUUAUCAUUGUUCUUCAGUCUAGUGCAGCAAAUAUUUGGCUUCCAAACAAGGUGUGUAUUGUCGUAACCCAGCAGUGUAAGAGGAGAUACUGCAGUACAGCUUGUCUAUGAGGUGGAACACUAGACGGACCACAUAGUUUAAGACCAGAAGGGACUUUUCCCCCUUCUCUCAGGCCAUGCCUUUGAAUUAGGUGCCUCCUGUAGCCUGAGUUCUGAAGACCUCUUGUACUUCGGUUGCAAACUCAUCUUCAGGCUGGUUGAGUGUGACUACUGAUAUGCCACUAGCCCACCUUGUUGAAUUUCUCUGAGUUUUGGAAGAUUGGAAGUUUAAGGGUAUUUAAUUAAUGUCUUCUUAGGACCAUAAUGUAGGUAAAGGACUGUUGCUAUUCAGGCAUUCAGAAUUUAAAUGUUUUAAAUGUAGCUGUCCAGAUUGUAAUUGGGCAUGUUUUUGCCCCCUAGUCUACUCAAUUGUGUAAUUUUAUUUUACAAAACCACCCAAGACUGACUUUUGCUUUGAUCCAGUACCUUUUGAGUUCCCCAGAAGUGUUCUUUUCAAAGCAAACAUUCCAAAAUGCAUGUGGCUCUUCAAUGGAAUGUCUCCAUUGUGCUUGAAGGAUGUCUUCUCUGGUUAUAAUUCUAAAUUACAGGUCGUUCGAGCUUCUUCCCCUCGCCCCUAGUAUCCUUACAAGGGCAGUGACUUUGUCCUCUGGUAGAGGAUGUGUAAUUUUGGGUGAAAAUAAGUUACAAUUUAUUUGAGUUUACUCCUGAACCUGUCUGGUAUUUUGGAGUAGAUCAGACCAAGAGAAUGUUUGCUGGUCUUUAUAAGGAAUGUUUUGAUUGCUUUGAAUACUGUACUGACUGAACGCUUUGGCCACUCUGAGGCGUGUUAGUAUCACUAAGACGACUGGCGCUUCCUUCCCCACCCAGUGAAGACACAGCACACUGCAGUCCCUUGCUUACCUGUGAUGAUAGCAAGGCUGAGAGAGGAUGGGGUGGUGAGGGAACUUGGGCUCUCAGGAGAAGGAGCUGCCCUCUGAGUCAUGUUUUCUUCUCCUUUUUUUCCCCAAAGAAAGAAAGGUAAAGGGGAAAAAUAUGUUUGUGUAUUCAGAUCAUAUUCUGUUACUGUUUUAGCAUCCACUUCUCAUGUUUUAGAGAAACUGAAUGUAAUAAAUCUUACCAGGUCAAAUUUUAGGAUAUAGUUGGAAGUUCUUAAAUUGUUUUCUAUUUUAUCUAAAAUCUUUCUGCUGUGUCUAAAUCAGAACUAUCUUACUGCAGCAAAUUCAUAUCACUUUUGCCAGCUGACAGGACUUAGCACCAUCAUUUAGCAUUUUAUUUUAACAUCACUUAAUUAUGAUAAAUCUGAUUUGGUUAAUUACAAAAAGUACAGGUUUAAACUGGAUUUAUCUUUAGUAAAAGACAAAACUUAAAAAAUGUAAAUGCUGUAUUUCACAAGAAAUCAGUUGCAUAUUAUUAUAUAUUUGCUUUUUUAAAGGAGGAUUAUUAAACCACAUGGUAUUUGGGGGCAUUGAAAGAAUUUUUCUUUCUCUGAAGAGCAUUGUACAAUUAUAUUUUU